AUGGCUAAAAGAAAAAAAGAUGAGGAGUAUCGUACUUUUCAGCAGGAAUGGACAGAGGAAUUCGCCUUUGUGGAGAGAGCAGGUUCUGCAUCUGCAGUGUGUCUAAUAUGCAAUGAUAAAAUUGCAUCGAUGAAACGGUCAAAUAUAAAGCGGCACUUCGACACACGCCAUACUACAUUUGCAUUGAAAUAUCCUGCGGGGGACAGCAGGAAGAAAGCAUGUCAAGAGCUACUGUGCAGAGUGCAAGUUAGUCAGCAGCAACUCUCUGUUUGGACCCAACAAGGUGACUGGAAUUUGGCUAGCUUUGCUGGUGCUUUAGCAAUUGUGAGAAACGGAAAGCCAUUCACAGAUGGGGAGUAUGCCAAAACAUUCAUGCUUGAUGUUGCCAAUGAACUUUUUGACGACGUUUCGGAUAAAGACAAGAUAAUCAAACGAAUAAAAGACAUGCCUCUGUCGGCAAGAACUGUUCACGAUCGUACCAUCAUGAUGGCAAAUCAAAUUGAGGCAACACAAGUGAAGGACAUAAAUGCAGCACCAUUCUUUUCUCUCGCUUUGGAUGAGUCAACAGACGUAAGCCAUUUAUCCCAGUUCAGCAUGAUUGCAAGGUAUGCUGUCGGUGACACACUACGUGAGGAAAGUCUUGCUGUUUUGCCUAUGAAAGGGGCAACAAGAGGGGAGGAUUUAUUCAAGUCUUUCACUGAGCUCGCUAAAGAAAAAAAUCUACCGAUGGAUAAACUUAUUUCGGUGUGUACUGAUGGUGCUCCGUGCAUGGUGGGGAAAAACAGAGGAUUCGUAGCACUUCUUCGUGAACAUGAAAAGAGACCCAUCCUAAGUUUUCACUGCAUCCUACAUCAGGAGGCGCUUUGUGCUCAUAUGUGUGGCGAGAAGCUUGGUGAGGUGAUGUCGCUGGUCAUUCGGGUGGUCAACUUUAUUGUUGCCCGAGCUUUAAAUGAUCGCCAGUUUAAAACACUGCUGGAUGAAGUUGGGGAUAAUUAUCCUGGUCUGCUUCUGCACAGCCGUUUCGCGGCUUGUCUGAGCGAAAUCCUGACUUUUCUUGAAAUGAAAAACGUCGAGCAUCCUGAGUUAGCUAACACUGAGUGGCUCCUGAAGUUCUACUAUCUCGUGGACAUGACUGAACAUCUGAACCAGCUCAAUGUGAAAAUGCAAGGUGUUGGAAAUACAGUCUUAUCCCUUCAACAAGCAGUGUUUGCAUUUGAAAACAAGCAAGAACUUUUCAUCACCAACAUUGAAACAGGUCGUUUACUACACUUUGAAAAACUGGGAGAGUUUAAAGAUGCAUGCACAGCAAGUGACCCUGCUCAACAUCUUGAUCUUCAGCAGCUAGCGGGCUUCACAUCUAAUCUCCUACAGUCAUUCAAAGCGCGCUUUGGAGAAUUUCGUGAGCGCACUCGUCUUUUUAAGUUCAUCACCCAUCCACACGAGUGUGCAGUGGACAGCGCCGACCAGUUACUUCCCCGGUGUCUCCGUCAGAGAUUUUGA